UUUCGCAAUACUCAUAGUUAACGUAAACUUUCUCUUCGUAACUCACUCCUAUAUGAGCCUCGAGUCGACCACUCAGUGAAAUCGAAAUUUGCUCUCUUAUAUCCCAUGUCAUUUGAGGUGUCCUUCGAAUGGUGGUGGUACGAUGACUGCGGUUCCACUACAAAGCGUGCUUCAUUUGCUUUAUCUUGAUGCGGAUUAUGUAAAUAGGGUUGUUCCACCAGUUUUCCAUGACUGUCCUGCUGAAUUUAUUCCGGGGAAGGAUGGAAAAUACGCUCUGUGCAACAUCACCACCGAGGAUACUCCAUGCGAACUUCUGAGAGAGCUACACAAAGCGAAAAAUUUCCGAUUCUAUGGAUUUACCCUAGUUCCUGUAAUCCUAUCCGUUUUAGCAAUGCUACUCAAUAUAAUUUAUUUGAUUAUGCAAUUACGAAUAUAUUUCAGAGAAGAUGAAAGUGCAAGAAAGAGAUAUUUAUUUCUGAUAAGCCGAUCUCUCAGUACCAUUAUGUCCCUCAUCUUACUAUAUGUCGUACUUAUUUGUUGGCAAGCAAAAGGAUUUGCCUACGCAAGUACUAUGAUUUUUAUGCUACUUGGAAGUCUAAAUUUCCUUUCGAUUACAGGUACCUACGUAGCAUUAACCGUUCUGCUUUACACGGCAAUCGUUUUUCCUUUCUACUAUAGAGAGAUAACCAUCAGAAACUGUUAUUUGUUGAUUUCCUUGAUCUGGUCAAUCUCAUUGUUAGCAUCUACCUGUGUAGGACUUUGGGGCGCAACGCUAUUCUACCCGGAUACUGCUCCGUUACCGUGCACUUUCGAGGGUUGCCAAGUACCAGUGGUGAUGCUACUCGGAAGUGGCCUUGCUUUGUCGUGCGGAUCCGUUUUGGGGAUUUAUGCUACUCUCAUUAUCGAAUUACAAAUCCGACUGCGUCGGCGAGGAUCGCUGGGCGGAAGCGUAAAGUGUGGACGUCAUGACGAGUGCCAAAAGAGUCAUAUACGAGCAAUGAAGGGGCUUGGCAUAAAUAUGAUGACUUUCGCCAUUGGAUCGGUCCCCAUACUCAUCGUUUAUCUUGUGGCUUUGUGGAAUUUGGAUAGCCUUGCUUCGUUAGGAGAAGGAGAAAAAUCACCAUGCAAAACUUACUUGAACGGUCGAUUAUUCGUUAAGGUCGAAAUACUGGCAGCUACAGCUGCUAUCGUAUGGUUGAUAGCCAUGAUAUUGGAUCCCAUAAUCAAUACCGUUGCUGAUCGAAAAAUCAUGUCUAUGAUGAAGAAUUGGACGCGAUAUUUUCGAAAAACCGUGAAAUCGGUUCAUCGAAAGUUGACGUUGACGUUGUCUACGCAGAUCACCAAUGGUACAGCUGCAGAGAACGAGAUUGUACAUACUUGAAAACAAUGCAUUUUGCACAAUCGAACACGGGUAUUCUGUCGCACCUCACAAUC